AUGCUAUUUAUGUUCUCGGAUAAGGAGGAGGUAGACAAGAUUUUAGCGGCUGAACCAUGGAGCUUUGAUAGGCACAUAGUUCUGCUGCAACGCUAUGAUAAAAAAGUGCCAAUUCGGGAAUUGGUAUUUAAGAAGGUAGCUAUAUGGAUUCAGAUUCAUGACAUCCCAGCACCCAAUAUGACACGAGAGGUGGCUAAAGACUUAUGUGGAAAUGUUGGAAUAGUGGAAAAGAUGACUCAUCUCUCAGAGAUGGUGGGCAGGAGUUUCAUGAGGGUGCAAGUGGUAAUUGAUGUCUCUCUUCCCCUUUGUAGAGAUAGGCUUAUUUCCUUCAACGAGGGGGAGGAAGGGUGGGUGUCCUUUAACUAUGAGCGGCUGCCCAAUAUAUGUUAUUGGUGCGGGUGCUUAAACCAUAGAGAUAAGGAUUGUGACCAGUGGAUAGAGAGUGAUGGAAGCCUCAAGGAUGAAGAUAAAGAGUAUGGUCCAUGGAUAUGA